AUGGCCACCUUCACAAUUCCUGAAGCUUUGGGAGAACCGCCUGUGAAAGUCACCCUGCCAGGGAACCUCACGCAAGAACAACUUUUGGGGUUCAAGCCGUUCAAAGUUUGGCUGGAAACAUUACGAAAAUCUCUACAACUCCAGUCCGAUAGAAGCCAUGCUUUCCACGAGCCGCGGGAACGAUAUCACUUACGGUCUAUAAAUGUCCAGUCUGUGGACUUUUUUGGCGAACGCCGCAUAGGAUUUAUCAAGAUGGAAACAGUGGUUCAAAAUAAGAACGAUGGAAAGCCUCUUCCUGGGAUUGUUUUCCUUCGAGGUGGUAGUGUGGCCAUCCUCAUGAUCCUGCGCCCAGAGGGGGACGACUAUGACAACGAUGAGAGAUACGUGAUCAUGACGCAGCAACCGCGGAUACCAGCAGGAAGCUUGACUUUCUUUGAGAUCCCAGCCGGCAUGAUAGACGACGCUGGAACAUUUGCAGGUGCAGCUGCUAAUGAGCUGUGGGAAGAGACGGGCUUGACUGUCCCCAUGCACGAGCUCAGAAACUUGACCAAGAUCGCUUUAAAGGACGCCAAGGGUUCUGAAGAUCAUCUUCAAAAGGCCAUGUAUCCCAGUCCAGGAGGGUGCGAUGAAUAUAUCGCUCUGUUCCUGUGGGAGAGGACCAUGCCUCGGAUAGAGAUCAAUGAAUUGAGGGACAAGCUAUCAGGGACUGACAGGGAGAAGAUCACAGUCAAACUUGUAAAGUAUGAAGAACUGUGGAGGGAAGGUGCAAGAGAUGCAAAGACGUUAGCAGCUUGGGCUCUGUAUGAGGGACUUACAAGGGAAGGUCGCUUGGAUGAUGAAGAGUGUGAGGAAUACGAUGAGGAUGAAUGA